AUGAAGAGACAGUUUCUUUUAUUAAUGCAGCUUGUCACAUGGCCUGCUGUACCAGCUCUUUUUACAGUAGAGGUGGGUAAGCAGGUGUAUGAGGCAGAGCUCCACACUAAUGUGACAAUGGUGUGCACAUUUCCGCCUGGCACUGGGGACUCCAACUUGUCUGUCAUCUGGCGUCGUAUGAGUCCCUUGCCUGACCUGAACGUCUACCGGCUGGAGAACGGCCAAGAGAAGCACGACUACCCAAGUGCCCAUUUCAGUGGUAGGGCCAGCCUGAUUAAUCAGAAGCUGAAAACGGGCCAGGCAGUUUUGCAGCUGUCUAAUGUCAGGAUUAGUGAUUCUGGCAGUUACCGCUGCAUUGUGAAGAGAGAUGAUGUGGAUUAUAAACAGACAACGCUCAUUGUCAAAGCCUCCUACACACCAGUGAAGAAGAGCAUCAGGAGGACUGGAGGAGAGGUGGAAUUAUCUUGUGAAUCCGAGGGAUUCCCAAUGGCUAAGGUGGUCUGGACAGUUCUGCAUGGCACUGAUCAGAUGUUCAGGAAUAGCUCCAACAGCACAUUCGUCAAGACCCAAGACGAACGCUUUUCAGUCACCAGCACAAUAACUGUGACGCACGAUGUCCUCAGCAACUACACUUGCACCUUCCAUGUGGAAGAUCAGGCAAAAGUAUCGGCCACUUUCGUCAUGCCAGAGGAAAUUCCUGAAAAGAGGACAGUGUCUAUGGCACCUGCGAUAGGAUUUGGUACUUUACUGGUGUUGCUGGUGGUCAUUGGAAUAUCAAUAUUCCUGCGCUACAGACAAAAAGGUUUACCCUCAGAAUCUACUAGCAAAGCUCAGACAUACUGUGUAGCCUCAGAAGUGAAAGAUGAAAAAGUGGAAAAUCUGAGGGCAGCUUUGAAAGAACAGUAUGUGCCACUCAGCAUGGAAGAAGACGCGAAGUUCCGCAAAGAAGUGCUCCCACACACAUUUCACAGCAGAGAUGGUCAGACUGAGAACAUCCACUCCUUGCUGCCAGAAGAGGGGGAAACAGUUCUCCUGGAGGGUGAGGCAGGAAGGGGAAAGAGUGUUGUAGCCCAAAGGUUGGCUUCUCUCUGGGCUCAGGAUUUGCCAUCAGACCCCUACAACCUCCAGAUCCUUCAGGCAGUUCUGGUUGUAAACUGUACCGGAGCAACUGGUGACCUUUUCCAAAAUGUGACAUCACAAAUCCAAAGUCCAACAUUUGCAGUGGAUGACCUGCGGGAGGUCCUGAUGGGACCGGUCCAGAGUCUGCUAAUUUUAGACGGAUACAGAGAAGGGGACAGAGAAAUGGAUGAUUCCCUUCAGACAUUUCUGAAAAAUAGACAGGCAUGCAGGGUGUUGAUCAUAGCAUGUUCAGAAGAGUGUCCCAUCACUGGGGAGAUUGUUAGCAAAGUACUGAAAAUUUCACCAAGGUCGAUAGAGGCCUUAUGA